AUGGAAGGCAGAGUUAUCGGACCGGGUCCUUACAGGGCGACUAAGCUGUGGAAUGAAACCAUUAAACUCUUCCGUGGAGGCAUGCCGCUGAAAAGGCACUGGGCAAACUUCCGCUACUAUGAUUUCAGUUUCACGGGAUCCGAGGCGGUGGAUUAUCUUCAUAGGCUGCUGAAGCAUAACGACAAUUUUGGGCCGGAGGUGACUCGCUACCAGACUCUGCAGCUGCUCAGAAAGUUUCUUAAGGCCCAUGUUAUUGAAGACAUCAAAGGACGCCAUGGGACAGAGGACUUUGAAGACAACAGUCACCUGUACAGGUUCCCCAUAAUGUCGCCCCUGAAGUCUUUUCCAACAAGACCUCUGCUGAGAGACUGCAGUGACCUGCCCAGACUCAUCCGCUGGGAUGACUACGAAGAAUUACCACAGCAUGAAAACAUUGCACCUGUGAAGUCUGCUGUCAUGACUUCAGAUUUGUGGAAUAAAAGGCACAGCGUAGCCAUUGGGGAUGUCAAUGAAUGCAAGCUUAUACGCAGGAAGGACAUCACUCCGAAACAGGUGGACCAUAUCUGGAAAUCAAUGACAAUCGCACAGUUACAGAGAGCGCUGGGCCUAAAGACACUGGAUGGAGUGUUAAAUCCAAUACAUGUGAAAGGCAAGCACAUUGUUCACAAUGUGUUCAGCGUCAAUAAGACGGGCAUAGUCGUAUUGGAGAACAAAGCUGAGGACAUGCCCUAUUGGGUGGUGUCAGCUAUGAAAUGCCUUGCCAACUGGCCGAACGGCAAUGAAACCAAACAGCCAGUGUACCCAGGUUUCGAGAGGGAUGUGCUGAAAACAGUAGCGGAUUACUUUCACCGGCUCAAAGAACCUCUGCUGACUUUCCAUCUGUAUGAAGUCUUUGUCAACAUUCUCAGCCUGCUGCAGGAGCCAGAUAUAGCUACUGAGGCUCUUCAAGUCAGUAGUCUCUUACUGCCACCACCCAACCGAAGACGCCUCCAGCUUUUACUGCGACUCAUGGCCCGCGUCUGCCAGAAUCCACAACUGCCUCCGCUCAAUGACACCAUUGCCACCCGCACACUGAUGGUGCAGAUGUUCUCCAACUGCGUUCUAGGCUCAGGAGAUGAGAUGGACUUGGAUGAGUUGCUUUCUACCAAACUGGUGACCUUUAUGAUGGAGCACCACAACACCAUCUUCCAAGUGCCUACCAAGCUGCGUUGCCAAGUCGAGGAGCACCUGUCCCACCUCCGAAGAGUUCAGAUAAAAUAUGCAGGUUCAGAUACAGACUUCAGCAUGUCUCCAGCAUUUUGUAAACAGAUCAGCAAGGUGGAGGCGGAGGAGCAGAAGGUAAUUGGUACCCAGACUUCCUUGCAGGAGUUGCUGGAAGGCCUGAUUGCAGACAAAGAGCUUCCUGCCAAGGACAAGAGGAAAAGGCUUAAACAGUUCCAAAAGUCUUACCCUGAAAUCUACCACAAACGAUUCCCCACCGAGGAAAGUAAAGCUGCUGUCAUACCUGAGAAAACUCCCAAACUCAAACCUCAUCUCAUGUUAUUCAACAUCAAGAAACCCUUCCAGCCCUUCCAGAGGAGCUGGAGUUUCAGGGCAUGAUUUUCCACCUCUGACACAUCCACACUUUGUGCUGUUUAAACCUCAAAGUCAUGACAUGAGGAGGAA